AUGAGAUUAUUGUUAUCCUUAGUAUUAAUGUAUGAAGUAAUAAUAAUUUAGAGAAUUAUUUUGUGGAAAUAUCGUCAACACAACAGAGAAUGUAAGUGAAGAUAAUGAGGAAAUUGAUAUCGGCUUAUAAACAUAUUGCAAAAAAAUUCAUUGUAAUUCUUAUACAACUGUAUGAAUGUUGCUUCAAAUUUUAGUGUCAUUCUUGUGAGUUUAAGAACUGUUGUUAAUUUAAUUUAGAAAAAAAUCAGUGUUUCAGACUGUUAAAAGCACCAUUUAAUUACUCCGAACUAGUUGAUAGAAGCAAAGUAGAAGUAAAGAAUAUAUCCGAAUAUCCGGAUCCGUAAACGAAUGUUACCUUUCCAAAAUGUAAUAUUGUUAAGGAAGUUCCUCUAUAUAAUGCUACAAAUUAUUUAUAUAAGAAUCACGAUAUUUGUGGAAUACCAAAAUAUUGUCCAAAUUAAUCAUACUACGUUUCUGCUGAAUCUAGAAUUAUCUUCUAAAAUGUCAAGUCAUAGGUUGGUUAAGGAGAACUUUGUACAAUAUAUUUUUAAGGAAGAAUGGGCCCAGAAUUCUUGAUAUAAAUAGGAAUAGGAAAUUUAUCCUAAAUUGAGGUUAAAGCAGACCUAAGUAUUUGUUUAUCCGUUGGUCUGUUUGAUGACUUUCCUUGUAUAGAUUCUCUUUAAUAAAUGUAAAAUUAUGUUACAAUUUGAGCAAAUUAACCAAGAGUCUUUAUUAUAGGAUAAGAGCAAAUUAAUUUAGAAUUACUUUAUAAUUCACAGAGGAUGCAGAAAUAGAUUUCUCUUAGAUAUUCUAUUAAAUUAUCAGUAUUCAAAAAUUGUAAUUAAUUUUCAUUAUAAGAUAUAGAAGUUAAUAAAAUUAGCAAUAACUAUUUUAGUUUAUCAUCAUACUUCUGCUAACGAUACUUGGAAGCAUAGUUAUAAUGGCGUUGAUUAGAACUAUUUUAAUAAGGAUAUUUGGCAGGAGGUUUGUUGAAUGGUUAGAUCCCGAACCUAUUUUCCCUCAUAGAAGAAGGCAUUUCAAUGUCUUGUCAGAAUUUGAAAGAUUAAAGUCUUAGAAUCUCAUCCAUCAGAUCAAGUAAAAUGAAAUGAAAUUUGAAUAAGACAGAUGUGCUUAUUGUUUAGAAUCAUUUUAGACUGGAAUAAUUAUUGAAAUCUUUUGUGGACAUUGUUUCCACGAACAUUGUAUAUAGAAUCAUAUGCAAAUACAAAAAAACGUUGGAAGAUGUUCUAUUUGUUUAGUUGAUAUUAACAAAAUGAAUUAAACUCUGCAGUAAUAACAAUUGUCAUAAGAAUCUUUGGCAAAUCAAAGUCAGAUAUAAGAAAAUUAAAGCAUGAUUAAUAAUAAUUUAUAAUGA